AUGGCUGGUGUACGAAACGCUGACUUGAAGGCGAAAUUUCGCCGGAGAGUUGACCGGACUCCAAGGGACACGCUCCAUAUCGCACGGACCUACGAAAACCCGUAUGACAGCGGAGAUCCAUCCCCAAAUCCUGCCCCAUUGUUUCCGACAGCGCAACGUCACCGGCAGGAUAUAUGGACCCCCACUGAAGCCAAGCCAAACCCCGAAGUUGCUUCUACUGUACGCGCCUCUGAAAGAAUGCCAGGCUCUGAGGCCACAACUCUCAUAACAGUAAGUCUCCGUUGUCCAAGACUGUCCUCCGUUGUCCACGACUGUCCCCAUCGCUUCUACUAG